AUGUUCCUCUCGCUCGCCUUCGUCGCCGGCCUCUUCGCCGUGGCUCGUAGCCAGACCACGCUCACUGAGCAGUACCAGUGCGUCACUCAGGGCGACUACGAGCUCUGCAACAACCAGUGGGGUAUCGAUGAUGGCACCGGUAACCAGACCGCGACGCUCAUCAGCACCUCCGGAAAUACGAUUACCUGGUCUACUACCUGGACCUGGGCUGACAAUGAGAACGAUGUCAAGACCUAUACCAAUGUGUCCCCUACCUCCGGCAUGGGUGUUACUCUCGGCUCGAUCACCUCGGCCCCCACUGCUUGGAACUGGGACUACGUUACCGAGUCCGACGGUAUCCGUGCUGAUGUUUCCUAUGACAUCUGGAUUGGUACCACUGCUGACGGCGCUCAGGCUUCGGCUGACUCUUCUUACGAGAUCAUGAUCUGGCUUUCUGGUCUCGGAGGCAUCCAGCCCGUUGGCUCGCUCGCUACCUCGGACGUGACCGUCGCAGGCUACACCUGGAACAUUUGGACGGGCCCGAACUCCAACUGGGAGACGAUCUCCUUCGUCAGCCAGGACGGCAACAUCAACGACUUCAGCGAGGACCUCAACGAGUUCUUCCAGUACUUGAUCGAGAAUGAAGGCGUAUCGUCCGACUUGUACUUGCAAUCCAUCGAGACCGGUACCGAGCCCUUCACCGGCUCUGCUGAGCUUUACACCAACAGCUACAGCGUCUCCGUCAGCACGUAAGGUUGGCACCGCUCGCCCGUCUCAUAUAUGUUUGGGUAG